UUGAGCAUUUCCUGACUUUUUGGCUCCUGUUUCUCCGAAACGUUUCUCAGUAUAACUGCUGUAGCCAGGGCUGCCUUCAGCUGGAGAUGAUUUGAAAUAACAGCUCAUUGCUUCCUCUGUUUUCCCAUCACUGGCCACUUCCUUUUUCCUCUAGCCUUGAGAGCUGUGAAAAAGAAAUAAUCCACCUGGUUUGGUAUUGACCAAAACUGCACAGGCUGGCUGAGGGCUGAAUGUGGACCUUGACCCCUGUACAGAGGCUGCUUCUUCACAAGGGGCAACAGGCACGGUGCUCGUGGGACGCAUGUGGGAGCCAGAUGCACAAGAUCGAGAAGGAGGAGGAGGAGGAGGAGGAGUGAGCACCAGCAAGGUCUGUUUGCCGGCCAGUAAUCUUAGACAAACGCUUCCCCUGCUCGUGCCAGUGUUUGUAAGGUGAGAGUAACAGCUCUUCCUAAACAUUCUUUUCUCUAGGCUGUUGCAAUCUCAUUUUACAAUGGAAAAAUUAAGAUUCCCCUUAAUUACAAACGGCCCAUCCGUGUCAGUGGGAGUUGCUGGCACAGUUUAGAAGGGGAAUCGUGAGUUCCGCGGUGAGGUGGAGGCAGAAGCAGCAGGGAUGGCUCAGCUAAAGAAACCAGAGUCUUGCCACCUGGAGCAUCUGGGCUCCAGAAGACCCUUACAGCAGCCUCUUUGGGGGUCACCUCCCGAGAGAUUAUCUUGAACCACACAUGAGAUCCUGGGAUGAAAAGGUCUAUUAUUUAUCAUGCACGACAUACUUGUUACAUUCCAAACCCCCUCUGAAGAGUUACUGCAUCUGCUUUUUGAGUAUCAUGUGCCUGGAAAGGAAGGAUAAGUAACUUCCUCAUGACUCUUCCAUGCACCAAGAAUGAGAAGCAGGAUCAAAACCAUGAUUCACUACUCCAGAUCAACUUGAUAAGACAACACUUACCCCCAGCUGACAAACUCAGCGCUGCGAACGUCGCGGAAGUUAAAUGAGGUGAUGGCUUUUGAUCUGUACCAUAGUACUCUGGGCUAACCACCCUCUGCAAAUACACCAUGGAGUUCUGGUAACGUUAGGUAGGUUUUAAAAAAAGGAACAGUUGGCACAAGUGGUAAGCUGACCAGACAAAGUACAAGUAGACGGGGAGUAAAUCAUUAGCCAGAUAGACAGGCCUUGAACCAGAUCACUGUGGCGGAUGCUAACUUAGUAAUUCCCACUUGCUCCAAGACGAACUUUGUUCCUGUAAUGACUGACAGCUGAUGCAAUGAUAAGAGAAUCAAGUCUAUAAAAAUCUAGCUGGAGCUUGGGAAGUUCUAUCUGGGGCUCGUCCUACCUCCUCCGCCCAAGGCCAGUCCUGCGGUCGGAGCGACGGCUCGUACCGAGAAGAUGCACUGCUGGAGGAUGGUGGCAGUUGUCCUGCUCUGCUCCCUGCUGCUCGGCCAGACCCGCGGCGCUUCCCUGCACCGGCACCAGCCUGGGCUGGCGAGGCCGAAGAGGAUGACCCCGUUCUGGAGAGGAGUCUCGCUGAGACCCGUGGGAGCCUCGUGCAGGGAUAACAGCGAAUGCGUUACGAUGCUGUGCAGGAAGAAUCGCUGCUUCCUCAGAACAGCCUCCGAGUGACCUGCCCUGCUGCACAACAGCCCCCGCUGUUACUGCUGACGAUGCUCCACACCGUGUCUGGAAUAUUUAUUG